AAAUAGGCAAUGACAAACUCUCAUUGGCUCAAAAAUUGAUUAUGUGAAUGAUUCUACAGAUCAUCACAAAGAAAAUAACCUCCUGUACACUAAAAUUUAGACCGCCUUAGUCACUAUUGUACUGCAUUAUGCCAAUUGUCAUAAUAUGCUAAUCUGUCUUUUGUGACAUAAUCAGUCAGCUUGUUCUUAAACAUGACUUUGCUACUUGUCUGGCAAUUAGUAAAGAUGACACUGCCAUCAAAUAGAAAUUAGCAUUUUCCAUUGUACAAUAAUGACACUACAAUCUAGCACAUGGAUGCCCCCUCUGAUUGGCCCAUAUUCAUCUACGUAUACAAGACUAUUGUGACAAUAUGAAGACACACAAUGCCUCAAGAUACUUGCCAACUACAAAAGAGCUGGAUUGCCUGUCAGUCAGAUCUUGAAUCCAUUAUUGCCAUCAACAGUGAACAGCACAGCACAGCACAGUCUUCAGCUGCUAGUGAGUGACAGAAAGAUCAUGUCGUCAGAACUGGCCACCAUGGUUGCCAUCUUCCUGAACAACCCAACAGAUUUUUUCGUCGUUCGAAUGGACACCACCACUGGAACCCUCCAGGACAUACGACAGGAGGCUACCAAGCAGGGCGAGAACAUCACCAACUGUCUGUUCACAACUCCCGAGGGGGAAGUCAUCGCACAGAGCAUAGAACAUCUACUACACUAUCAGCACAUCUUGCAUGGACCAGUCAACAGUUUUUUGAGGAUGGAGAGGGAAAACCCAAAGGACAUCCCCACCCCAUCUAGCACCACUAGUGAAUCUCCCCCACCCUUAGCCAACACCUCAGAAUCUCAUCCACCCAUCACCUCAAACUCUAGUGAAUCCUCCCCUCCUAGUACCUCUGUUCAGUCUCCAUAUUUUACUCGCCAAAACACUAAUGGUCAUCAUCGGGAGGGGGCUAUCAUGUCCGGUAAUCCCCCCUCGUCCAGCAGUGGCAACACUGGCCCACCCCCUGAAUUAUACCCGAUAUUCACCAAGAACAGGAAGUGGACAUGUACAUCGAGCGCGUCAAAGUUCCAUGUAUACAGCGAAGAGGACUUAGCAAGCUCUGCCACAGACAAGGAAAGACAGUACAAACAGCUAUGGAACAGUGUUGGACAGGAAGAAGCUGUGCAGGGCAUGACCAAGGCUCAAAUGCAGGAGGAAGUCCACGACCGCUGGAGAACACUCAAAGCCAAGGCCGCUGAACCUACCCCUACCACCAUGACUAGUACCACUGUUGUAACCAACACCGCCUGUACCUCCACUAGUACCACUACAGUUACUGUCACCACUACUGUUACUACAGUUACUACUACUCCACUGUUGGACCAGCUGCCUGGGCUGAGAGCUCAGUUGGUCACAGAUAAGGACCAUUACGUAGAAAGAAACCUGCAGCGAUACUUUGACAACCCACAGGAGCUAGACAAGGUUGUAGAGGUGAUAAGGAGAAGAUAUGUGAAGAAAGGAGUGAAUGCAGGUUUUGUCAAACACCACGUAUUGAAACUCACUGUCAGCUAGUUUUUAUCGUAAGUU